AUUCGAAUGAGAGCAGACAACUUUCUCAAAUUUGUGUGAUUAAGAAAAGAAAUCCUUUCAAGUUCUUAGCUUUUUUAUUAUCCAAGUUCAUGAAAGGUUUUAAAAAUGUCCAGAAACUUUGGGUCAAACCUUGGCCAAUUACACUUCAAAAUUGUACUCCUUGGUGAAGGCUGUGUCGGAAAAACAUCACUAGUCCUGAGAUACGUCGAAGACAAGUUUCAUGAGAAACAUUUCUCAACAAUCCAAGCCUCAUUCUUAACUAAAAAGAUAAAUCUGGAAGGACAACGGGUGACACUGGCAAUUUGGGAUACUGCUGGUCAGGAGAGAUUUCAUGCACUGGGCCCCAUUUACUACAGAGAUUCUCAUGCUGCCAUUCUUGUUUAUGACAUUACUGACCAAGACUCAUUUGUAAAGGUUCAAAAUUGGGUCAAAGAACUCAAGAGGAUUUUAGGAGAUAAAGUAAUUUUGGCAAUUGUUGGAAAUAAAACCGAUUUGGACAAGGAAAGAAAUGUCCCAGCAGAUGAAGCGUCAGAGUAUGCCAAGUCCGUAGGAGCGACACACUACCAAACAUCGGCAAAAACAAAUCGUGGUAUUGAAGAACUCUUCUUGGACGUAACUCAGCAGCUCUUAAGGGUAGCAGAGAGCCAGAAUCAACUCAACAGUUCCGCAAACCCGACUAGUAAUCGUAACCAAGAAGUGGUUAUUGUCGACGAUAAUCCAGCCCCCAAAAAGUCUUGUUGCGGCUAAUUUUCGUUUUAUUUAGAUUCCUUACACUCCACUAAUUAUUAAAUGAUUGUUUCCUUAAAUCACUAUUCUUCGUUUCACCCAAAGCUAUUGGUACUUGAGGUUCGGAAAUGUUCACUAAAGUCAUGAAACCUGUGGCAUCGCAUUAUCUGGGUCAUGUGUUGGCGGAAAAGCAAUCAUGUCGUUAUUUAGUCACUCCGUGACGGGAUAAAUUUUUUCUUUUGUAAUUAUUUGAUGGAAUGUUGUAUUAUUUUUAAAAAUGAAACUUGAAAAUACAGAUAAA